AUCACGAGUCCUGUAAGUUUGUCUCCAUAGGAACAGGAAUGUUUACACUGAUACAGGAAGCCACAACGUUUUGGUUUUGUCUCCAGUAUGAGCACACCGUAUGCACUCUAGUGGUGAGCUUUUUGUGCUCAGCUCAGUCCUUGAAAUAGCGGCCUCAUGGACAAUUUCCAACGCCAACAAUCUGUGUGGAAUUUAGUGAAGGAAAAUGUUCCCUACUCUGAGCUUCCUGAGAUCCGAGCAGUACUUGGAGAUGCAUUGAUUGAUACGUACUCAGAGUUGUAUUCAGAGGUGGAGAUGUGGGAGAAGAUUUGGCUGGAGCUCCAUUACUCAGAGCAGGGCAGCAGGCCAGAAGCCCCUGUGAUCCCUCUGGCUGACCCCCCGGCUGUUAAAGAGUUGCUAAAAGCAGAGAUUCAAUUGUUGCUGCUCACACUGAGGGAAAAAGCAGCCAGACAGGGCAGGGAUGAAGAGGAGGUCAUGGCCCUGUACAAUCCUAGUGUGGUGAGUUACGCAUUGAGCAGCAGUAGCACACAGAGACAGGGGUGUCCAGGCAGCUGGUGUGAAAAGAAAUCACCUUCCAGACCCCCAUCUAGCCAGAGCAAGAUUGGAAGCAGGUCAAUCUCUAGCCUCUCAUCUCACUCCAGCUGUGAGGAAGAAAUCAAGGCCUUAAGACACAAGUUAAACAUCACCCAUAUAGAUGAAGUUGUGACCCAUCUCAGGUCAGUCCUUACAGAAGAAUCUGAAGCAUUGAAACAAGACGUGCGGGUCCUGCAG